CUGUUAUUGACACUACUGUCGGGCAUGUAGGUGUACACAAAAACUUUGACACAAGAAAGGCAUGGAAGACGAGGAAGAGGAGAGCUGCAGUGUUUACCCGAGCCUGGGCCCACUCGGGACUGAGAUCAAGGCCAAGAUGCAGCAUUUUGUGGAGGAGAGGAUGGAGGCCAACAUGUGGACGGCUGUGCUGAUCGGAGCUGUGACGGUCGUUUCUGUCGUCGGAGUUGUUGUGUUUCUUCUGUACAGAAGAUACAAACGGUCAAAGGAGGAGGCUGGUGUUCCUCACUAUCGCUUCAGGAAGAGAGACAAGGUGAUGUUCUACGGCCGAAAGAUCAUGAGAAAGGUUCAGACGUUGUCUUCAGCCCCUAAUUCAAACUCAGCGUCCCGGCAGAGAGUGAGGAAGAGGACCAAAGUCAUGUCUAUAGCUCGCAAGAUCCUACGCAUCCGGAGGGAGCCCCCCACCCUGCAGCCCAAGGAGCCUCCUCCCUGCCUGCUGGAGGCUGACCUGACUGAGUUUGAUGUGCAGAACUCCCACCUGCCCUCUGAGGUGCUGUACAUGCUGAAAAAUGUCAGGGUGCUGGGCCACUUUGAGAAGCCUUUGUUCCUGGAGCUGUGUCGUCACAUGGUGCUGAUUCAGCUGCAUCAGGGAGAGGCUCUCUUCAGACCUGGGGACACUGACGACAGUAUUUACGUGGUUCAAGAUGGCCGCCUGGAGCUGUGCAUCCACGAGAGCGACGGUACAGAUGCCGUAGUAAAGGAGGUGUUACCAGGAGACAGUGUUCACAGUUUGCUCAGUAUCCUGGACAUCAUCACUGGUUACCCUGCACCUUAUAAAACAGUGUCUGCAAGAGCUGCAGUUCCCUCCACCAUCCUGCGUCUUCCAGCCGCAGCCUUCGAGUCAGUCUUUGACAAAUAUCCUGAAACUCUGGUCCGUGUCAUUCAGAUAAUCAUGGUGCGUCUGCAGAGAGUCACCUUCCUUGCCUUACACAACUACCUCGGCCUGACCACCGAGCUCUUUAACCCGGAGAGCCAAGCCAUCUCCCUGGUGUCAGUGGCCAAUGUUUUGGGUGAGGGUCAUCCACACAAAGGCCUCCGCAGGCAGCCUUCCCAACCUGAUGAAAUGGGCGCCGAAAAGGGAGACACAGAAAAGUCCAGCUUCUCUGACGGGUCCUCAUCUAAAUACAGGAAACCUCGCUCUCUCUCCACCCCAAUGGCUGUUACAGGUGAAAUGUCAGUUGACCUCAACAGAGUGUACGAACGGGCUCGAGUUGCCAAAGAGGACGCGCUGUCUCAAAGUCCUGUGAAGUCGAUCCUGAAGAAGAGUGUGACAAUGCAGCACACUCCAUCUGCUGUUUAUCACUACAGUGACGCCAGAGAAGGAAAUGUCCAGCAUAAUAAAGUGAAUGCCAUUUUCCAAGCUGCCAAAAAGGAUCUGCUGCAGGUCAUCCAGAUACAGGACCCCAACCUGCUGGAGGGGAGAGUGAAUCUUCGGCAGGUGAAAGCUGGCACUGUCGUGGCUCACCAGGGAGACCAGGAUGUGAGUGUGGCGUUUGUCAUCUCGGGGCUGCUCCAUGUUAACCAGCGUAUGAUCGACCGUGACGAGGAGAGCCUGCUGUUUGUCACCCACCCAGGGGAGAUGGUGGGUCACCUGGCCGUCCUCACAGGGGAGCCCCUUAUUUUCUCCGUGCGAGCUCACAGAGACUGCACCUUCCUGUCCAUAUCCAAGGCCCACUUCUACGAGAUAAUGCGCGAGGAGCCCAGGGUGGUGUUGAACGUCGCUCACACUGUGGUGAAGAGAGUGUCACCGUUUGUCAGACAGAUUGACUUCGCCCUGGACUGGAUGGCUCUGGAGGCUGGACGUGCCGUCUACAGACAGGGAGACAAGUCAGACAGCACCUUCAUCGUCCUCAGUGGCCGACUGCGCUCUGUCAUUGCAAAGGAUGAUGGGAAGAAGGAGCUGGCUGGCGAGUAUGGCCGUGGGGAUCUAAUUGGUGUGGUGGAGGCCCUGACCCACAUGAACCGAGCCACCACGGUCCACGCUGUCAGAGACUCGGAGCUGGCAAAACUACCUGAAGGAGCUCUGAACUCCAUCAAGAGGAGGUAUCCUCAGGUCGUCACCAGGCUGAUUCAUCUGCUGGGACAGAAGAUCCUGGGCAACAUGCAGCAGGUCAACGGACCUCUAGCUGCGCGUAGUCUGGCUCUCCACACCCCCACCAGCAAGUGGGAUGCUGGGAAUCCAGCCUCCAACCUGUCCACUGUGACCAUCCUGCCUGUGUCUGAUGACGUUCCCCUCACUGCCUUCACUCUGGAGCUGCAGCAUGCACUCAGUGGCAUCGGUCCCACUCUGCUCCUGACCAGUGACAUCAUCAAACAGCGCCUGGGCUCUGCAGCUCUGGACAGUGUCCAUGAAUACCGUCUGUCCAGCUGGCUUGGGCAGCAGGAAGACAUCCAUCGAAUCGUCCUCUACCAGUCAGACUCUGGUCUCACGCCGUGGACGCAGCGCUGCAUCCGCCAAGCGGACUGCAUCAUCAUUGUGGGACUGGGUGAGCAGGAGCCCACCGUGGGUGAGCUGGAGCGCAUGUUGGAGGGCAGUGCAGUUCGUGCUCAGAAGCAGCUGGUGUUGCUGCACAGGGAGGAUGGCCCGCUGCCUAAGGGGACGGCCGAGUGGCUCAACAUGCGGACCUGGAUCUCCAGGCACCACCACCUGUCCUGCCCUCGCAGAGUGUUUUCCCGAAGGAGUUUACCGAAGCUGAGAGAGCUGUAUCAGCGUGUGUUUGAAAAGUGUCCAGAUCGUCAUUCCGACUUCUCUCGUCUGGCCAGGAUCUUAACAGGAAACAGCAUCGCCCUCGUACUGGGUGGAGGGGGCGCCAGGGGCUGCUCUCAGGUGGGUAUCCUGCGGGCUCUGAACGAGGCGGGGAUCCCCAUCGACAUGGUGGGCGGGACCUCCAUCGGCUCCUUCAUGGGAGCGCUGUACGCUGAGGAGAAGAGCAGCAGUCGCAUGAGAGUCCGGGCUCGUGAGUGGGCUAUGGACAUGACCUCUUACUUUAAGAAGAUCUUGGAUCUGACCUACCCUGUGACCUCCAUGUUCUCUGGAGCUUCCUUUAACUCCAGCAUCAGCUCCGUCUUCAAGGGCAAACAGAUAGAGGACCUGUGGCUGCCGUACUUCAACAUUACAACAGAUAUCACAGCUUCCUGCAUGAGAGUGCACACUUACGGUUCGCUGUGGCGGUAUGUGAGAGCCAGUAUGUCUCUGUCGGGCUACCUGCCGCCUCUCUGUGAUCCCAAAGAUGGACACUUGCUCAUGGACGGAGGGUACAUUAACAAUCUGCCUGCCGAUGUGGCUCGCUCCAUGGGGGCCAAAGUUGUGAUUGCGAUUGAUGUUGGAAGUCGGGAUGAAACCAACCUGACCAACUAUGGGGACUCCCUGAAUGGCUGGUGGUUGCUAUGGAAACGCUUCAACCCUCUGGCUGAGAAAGUCAAGGUCCUGAACAUGGCAGAGAUCCAAACACGGCUUGCUUACGUCUGCUGCGUGCGGCAGCUGGAACUAGUCAAAGAAAGCGAAUACUGCGAGUACAUCCGGCCGCUCAUCGACCGCUAUGGCACGCUGGAGUUUGGCAAGUUUGACGAGAUCGCUGAGGUGGGAUAUCAGCACGGGAAGACGUUGUUCGAUGUGUGGCAGCGCAGCGGAGUGGUGGACAGCAUGCUGAAGGACAGACACCAGGCCGAGUUUCACAAGACCAAAGCCGGACAUGUGGUCACCUGUCCGAACGCCUCCUUCACUGACCUGGCAGAGAUUGUGUCGAGAAUUGAACCUGUCAAGACUGCCUUAAUUGAUGAGGAACUGUCUGAUGAAUACCAGACAGACUAUGACGAGGAGGCAGUGGAGAGCGCUCUGUCUGACUUUGAGGCGUUCACUGCCGGCAGUGAGCACACUGAGGGAGAGGAGACGGCAGACACUGCUGAAACAGACGAGGAAAUUCAAAUCCGAGUUCGACGCCGGCCGAAGAAUGUCUCACAAAGUCCAUGAAGAUGGUCAAAGGAGGUGUCUGUCAGAGCUGUUGAUCCUGGCCCACAGCACACAUUUCAAUGCAACUUUUCUAGGAACCUUUUUUUCUUAGUUUUUCCUCUCAGCAGCCAGGUAGUGAACUCAGUGUCCUCCUCAAAGACACUGAGCUGUCGAUGGAUACUGUGACAUCCUGUUAGGCUCAAACCUCCAGCAUAGGAGGGAGUUUUAACAGAGUGAAGAGCCUCAGUUUGUCUCCUCAUUUCCUGCAUUUUUUACAUUUUAAUAGUUCAAACUGAUCAGUAACACCCAGGGUCUCCACUUGUUAUGGAAUUCCUAAAACAUUAUGCCUCUGAUGGAUGUGCAUCCAAACAGAGAAAAUAUAUGACUUCUGUCCGUUCUCUUGGAGCAGUCAGGAAAAAGCAAAGAAUAUUUUACAAAGCAGUGAAUUCAUGGGAAUACAGAAGUGUUUUGUGCUUUAUUAAUAUUUUUUAAUCUUAUUUAACACAUUCAUUUAUUUUUAGAGCCAUGGAAAAAUAUGGGAAAAUAUAUGAACCACCAUGAGAGCCUUUAAAAUCUGGAAAGGUUAUUAUCUUUAUACAAGCAUGUCACACACAACUGUCUUACAAAGGCAAAGUACAUUAACUGAAAGAAAAAAGGAAAACUGUGUAACAAACAGAAGUUGUCAAAACUUCAUUUUUACAUUUUAGACACAUUAUUUUACCCCCCGAAAAAUUGCUGUAGGACAAACCAAUACCAAAAUAAAUGAAUAAAUAAAUAAUCCCACAGUGCACUCCUUUUGGAUAACCUAAUAAUUUGAGGAGAAAACGAAAAAUGCACCAACAAAUUAUGUUCACGAAAAUAAACUUAAUUUUGAUUUUGUCUGUAGAUUAUAGGAAUUGAAUGUACAUAUGUCUGUACAUCUAAUAUUAGUUGAAUCGAUAUAAUAAUUUACAAUUUAAUACAUUUAAAUAUGUAAUUUGAGGGUAGCUUGACCACACCAAAGCACAUGGAUGUCACAAAAGUCAGAGGAAGAACAGAGUUGUGAUCAUGGUGGAAAAUAUGUUAAUAAACAGAAGAAAGCAGCAUGGAGGCCAGUGAAAAUGUUAUAGUAGUUAUUUCUUUUUUUCUAUUUCUUAUUCAGUCUCUCUUUAAAACUCAGUGCAGACUAUCUUGGAAAGACAUUCAAAUGUUGCUUGGGUAGAGAUAGUAUUUUGUGGUGUCCUGUCAUUGCGUUGUGCCAGUAAAGGAGCUCAGAUUAGCACAUGCACCUAGAGCUUGUGUUUUCGUCACUGCCGAUCGGAGCAGAAGCCAAUAAAUACCCGUGACUACUGCAUAGUCAUUUGACCUGGGGGGUGAAUGCUGAUUGUAACCUUUUACAAUAAGUACAAAAGCUAGAUGUUAGUGGGUGUAGUGGGUUUUUGGUGCAGUGGUAAAGAGGCUUGAGAACUUCUAAGACACUGAAUUGAAGAAAUCACCAAGAUGUCAGCUCAUGUCAGAAAGUUACAUUUAAAAACUUACUUUUGAACAAAUAUGUCGUUGCUGCGUUUUGUCUUUGCAGGGCAGAACUACAAAAUACAAUGCAAUCUUUCAACAUAAUAUUUUGCAAUAAUUAGUGCCUCUGUUUUGGACUUCUUACUAUAAUAAGCUCAGAUUCCUAAAGCACUGUAGAGCAUUUCAUGAUGUUUACAUGGAAGUUAAAACAUUAAACAUAAGUUUAGUAUGACUAGAAUGCACUUGAGUUAUAGUGUUAACUUUAAUAUUUCUGUGCAGUGAUGCAGGGGAUUUGUCCUCUCUCUCUCUCUGAGCAGAGGAAUAUGCACACCAUGAGUGUGACAAGCAUAAUGUGAACAAUGACUGUAAUAAGCUUUUACUAAUUUUUGUGGCCUUUAGUGACUGCACAUAACAGUUAUUGCAUUGAUUGUUGUUUUGCGGAACAUGAAGGGACUUUGAAUAUCUUCACUAAUCCAUCCGCAUUAUACAUGCAGCAUUAUUGUAUUACAUGUCUCCAUGUUGUGAGUCCUUGUCUUUGUUAUCAGAGCAUGACUGUCUCAACAUAUUUUCUAUUUCAUUUUCAUUUUCAUUUCUGCUAUUUUGCGCAUGGUGCUCUGUGCCUGUAUGAACUGAGAAGAAAGGCAUGUGUGGAUACUCCCUCACUGACUUUGCACACGUGACUUUGUGCCAUUAAACUAGUGAGCCAGCA